AAAAUGCUGAGCAGUUGUCAGGAAGCGAUAAUAUUCAACGUUUUAAACUCUUCACUCAUAUAUCCAUAUUUGACAUGGAGUUUAAAUGAAAACAAUGGCUCAUUGGUAUUCAAAUUCGUUCGUACAGUUCACUUUUGGUGUUGUGGCUGGCGCAGGGGCAAUCGUUUUGGCUUCGAGAGGGCUAGGAAUUUUACACGCAUUUCCUGAACGAAUUGCCGGCAUCGGAAAUGAAAGAGUUGGUUUUUCUCAAAGCGAAAGAGAAAACCGUGAUAGUGUCCUUGACAGACUUUCGCCCACUAUUCCUAACGAUGACCCGGGAUAUAACUUAUCUGAUGGAAUGUUGUUUCCCCCCCCGGAUACCGAGGAGAAUAAUGGACUUGUAGACAUGCUAUUUCAAAUUGCAAAGGACCAGGCACACAGGGACUGCCUUAUCCACCGUGGUAUUACGUGCAACAUUUGCAAUGCAAGUCCAGUUUGUGGAACUCGUUAUAAAUGUGCUAACUGUCUUGAUUAUGAUGUUUGUGAGGUCUGUGAAACGAAUGAUCAUCACAAUAGAACUCACGUUUUCUUAAAAAUUAAAUACCCAAUACCACCACUGGCAAAUCCAAAGGCAGUAUGUCUGAAGCCCUUUUAUACUGGCACAAAUUUGGACCAUGUGGCACUGUGUUGGGAUGACAUAAAUUGCCUUAAAGACAAGACUCAUUUUGAUGAAACUGAAAUUCAGACCCUACACGAACAAUUUAAGACUUUGGCAUCUCUGGAGCAAGGAAUCUCAAGGGAGGCGUUCAACCUCAGUUUGGGACCUCUUGGCCGGCAAAGCAACCUGGUUAUUGACAGAAUGUUUUCUUUCUACGAUCAAAACGGCGACGGUGUCAUUUCGUUCGAAGAGUUCAUCUCAGCUCUUUCGGUUUUGGUGAAGGGCAGCAAAGAUGAAAAACUACGGUUUGUUUUCGAAGGUUACGACCUGGAGAAGAAGGGUUACCUUGUGUACAAAGACUUUCACGACAUGUUCAAAGCGUAUUUCAACGUGAGCAUAGAACUGGUCAGGGAUUACAUAAAGACGCGGGAAGAAGAGAUGAAGGCCGCGUUCGAUGAGACCGCAGAUAAGCCAGUCUCAUCUGUAUUUCAUGCUCCAAUUCCCAACGACGUUGGCGGCGCAUCUGGUGGGGAUAUCAAAUCCGUGCAGCAGCCACGCUCCGGAGCGGGCGGGAGCGGCGGUGCCAGACCCUUGAUGGAGGCCAUGUCACAGGACGCCAUUGACGAGAUGGUCGCGAAUGUUUUCAAAUGUGCCGACUUGGACCGUGAUGGAAAGAUCACAUUUGACGAGUUCAAAACGUGGGCCGUUUUAGAUAAUACCGUGUUGGCUUGGUUCGAUGCUCUUGGAACUGUCUUUUAGUUUUUUUUUUAACAUUCCCUAUUGCCUUAUCAAUAGCGACUUUGUAAACGAUAGGAUCUGAACUGUAGAUUCAUAAUUUUUCAGUAAUAAUUUUUCAAUAACUGCAGUCAGGCGCUACACACACGAUUUCUCGUUGUCUGUUUAUAUGAUCCCGCUUAGCCGAGAUUAGCCCCAAGGCCACAGUUACCGCGGAUACCGAAUUAUGUACUUUUGUGCCGGACCGUUCCAGUGAACUCUACAACUGAAAGGAUAAACUCAUCCUCAGGUAUAUAGUGAUAUUGAAGCCAGUACGUUUUAGUUUUUUUUACGCUGAAAGCUGAACGGUUUGCUUUAGAUGAAACUGAAACUAUUAGGGAAACCUCAUUACCAAAUAAAGAUUUCAACGCUUUAGUUUAGCUGGCAUGGGGUGAUGGGGAAAUUUGUUUUAAACAAAACGAAAGCAAUUGCCUAUAUUGGUCCGUAUAUACAGUGACAGUGUAAUCUUCCUUUUCUAGCCGAACUGCAAUUGUUCAUUAUUUUAUUUUGCGACGUCUUAAUUAAAAAUAAUAA